UAGGAGGGUGUUCGGAGGGUGUCUGGUGGUUAGGAGGGUGUUCGGAGGGUGUCUGGUGGUUAGGAGGGACCGAGGAGCCUGUAGGCAGGAAGCAACGGCAGGAUGUGCAAACAGGUGACUAAUGCCAGAUUGGCUGUGAACUACAAGGCUUGUGUCCUGUACUUUAUUUAUUUAUGUGUAUUUUAUUGCUGUUUAGACAGGUGCUACAGCGAAUCCGGCUUCCCAUGUGUGGGAGAACAGAGGCAGGGCUGGGAUUGCGUCUCUGUUAACACCUCCGCAGAUUCAGCGUGAAGCAGGGAGAGAGAAACCCAGGCGCGCAGACUGAAUGAAUAGAAAGAGGAGGACAGAGGGAGCGAGAGAGAAGAGUGUAAGAGAGGAAAGAUAUAUUUGACCAUGUGGGUGUGUGAAGUACCAAGGCAUGCAUCAUAAUUGUGGAUUCUUCUCGGAGCAGCCGGACGUGUCACUGCAGCAGCAGGACAUCAUUGGUCCCACAAAGUGUGCUAUUUUCUACUUACAAACAUCGGAAGCUGUGAGCUUCUCAAGAGACAAAAUGGAAACGGUUCUGUUUCUGCUGCCGCAAGGAUUUUAUUAACUGGGACGAUAAAAAAAAAUACACUUAGACUAUAAUUGAAGGUGUGGACACAUGAUGAUUCCCCUUCACUGUCAAUAAUUAAGACAUCAAGUCCCGAAUUCAUCUGAGAUGGCCGUCAGCCCUGUCAUCAUCCUCUUCGUGUCACUGAUUGGCUAUGGCUCAUCCCACCCUUCUCCUCCUCCCCGGGGUUGCAGCGUGGAUGUGGACCCUCCGUACAGAGUGCUGUGUGACCUGGACUCGGUCUGGGGCGUGGUCCUGGAGGCCGUGGCCUGCAGCGGCGGCCUGGCCUCUCUGGUCAUCGCUGUGCUCCUGCUGGUCAAACUCCGCUUCAUUUCUGACCCCGCCAGGCGCUCCGGCGUGGGGCCUCUUCUCCUGCUGCUGGGCACGCUCCUCGGGCUCUUCACUAUCUCGCUGGCUUUCUUGGUGGGGAAGAACCAGGCGCUGUGUGUGGUCCGCAGGGCCUUCUGGGGCCCCCUCUUUGCCCUCUGCUUCUCCAGCUUGCUGGUGCAGGGCGUGAGGCUCAGGAGGCUGGUGGCGGGCGAGACGAGCCCUUCGGGCAGCUCAUUGGCUGCGCUGGGUUUGGCCUUGGCCCUGGUUCAGGGGAUCAUCUCGGCUGAAUGGGUCUUGCUGACUGUAGUCAGGGAGGGUCACCCGGCCUGCGAAUAUCCGCCUUUAGACUUUGCUCUGACAUGCAGCUACACCCUGGGGCUGCUCCUCAUAGCCAUGGGGCUUUCUUUAGGGGUGGUGCUGUGUGGAGGAGAGAUGGGAGCAGAGGGAGGAGGUGGGAGUGAAGAAGACAGAGAGGGAGAGAAUGAAAAACGGAGAUGGAAGUGCAACGCCGUCUGGCUCUUCCUUUCCAGUCUGGCGUCAGCGUUGCUGUGGGUGGCCUGGCUGGGCUUUUAUCUUUAUGGCAGCCAGACGCUGAGGGGGAAGGGGAAAGGGGAGAGGUCAGGAGGAGGAGGAGGAGGAGGUGGAGGAGGAAAUAAGGAUGCCAAGGUGUUGGAUGAGCCGGCGUUGGCGGUUGCCCUGGUCAUUCAGGGCUGGAUCCUGCUGCUUCUCCACGCUAUUCCAGAGGCGCACCUGAGUCUCCGAAACCCUCCAGCGUCCAACACGCAGGACUUCUUCAACACCAGUCACACGUCAGCGCCUCCACCUUUUGGAGACGAGCACCCGGCACACUCGCACCGACCCUUCCCUGAAAACCAGGCUUUUUCUAUGGAGGAGCAUGGUGCAACUCUCCGAAGUGGAACGUACCCCAGCAGCCAGGGGAGCAUGCGUCCCGGCGUAGCCUUCAGAGGCCACGUCUACCAGCCCACUGAGAUGGCGCUGGUCAUGAAUGGUGGAACGAUGCCCACAGCACCAGUCAACUACACUGGACGACGGCUAUGGUAAUAAGGGACCAGACUGGAUGCAUGGGUGUGUGGUUGUGGAAAUUCCUGUUGCCUAAGAAGAAGAAGAAGAAGAAGAAGGAGGAGGAGGAGGAGGAGGAGGAGGAGGAGGAGGAGGAUACGUUAAGGCCACCACGUAUCACACAGAAUGGGUUUAACUGGAGAAUUUGGAGCUUUUGUUAAUAGUGUUUUUUUGCUGAAGUUUGGUGUGAUGCCUUUUUUCAUCAGCAGACUGGGCACAAUGCAGGGAAGAGAAAGUAAAAGAGCUUCCUGAAUGUAAUUUUUUUUAAAUUUAAUUUAAAUUGCAUAUAAAUUACAAUAUGUAAACAAAUGCACUCACAUGGAGCUUAUGAGGAGGGUUGAUGUCAUCAUGUAUACGGUUUAAAUUUAGGACCAGUGUUCAAUGUGGUUUUGGCCUGGAGAAAGUAACAAUGAUUAUUUGAAUGUAGUGAAGUAGACAUUUGUGUGUGCAGCUCGAAAUGAAUGUUGUUGCUUACUGAUCAGUGGUGUUCGCUUCAUAAAAACAACACUUUCCUUUUCUUUCUAUCUCGCGUCAAGCUAUGACAAAGAAAAGACAAAGCUUUAGGUUGUUUAUGUAAAUUACCUGCAUACGCCCACAAUGCUUGCUUGGCAUCUGUAAUUCGUGCUGGGAAGACCCAAAGGCCUCAGUGUGUUUCCCUCCAUGUCUGCAUUCUACCACCAGUGCUGCUUGGCUCAUUUCGCCCUGUGUAUUAAUAUAUAUUCUUCAUGCAUUUAAUAUGGCUUGUGCAGAAUUCUGGGGGUGGUCGUUUGAAAGACAAAAUGGGUUGGAUAAAUCUUUUUUUUUCUUUAUAAAAAGCCAUUUAACCCUGAAAUACCUAUUCUGAAGUAGGUUUUACAUUUUGAGGUUGUAAUUUUGCACUUUAUCUAUGAAUUUGGGAUGUACAAUCAUUUCUGACACACUUUAGUGCAGUUUAAAGGUAAUGUAUUUUGUCCAAAUGAAUUGUAUUUUGAGUGUUUUCUAGAAUUUUUAUAUAAAUAUGGAAAAGAAAUAGCAGUUUUAGAGUUUUAGAGUUGCAAAGUUCAUUCUUGACAUCGGAGACCACAAUGACAAAACCAUCUGACGAGCUCAGAAACAUCUACAACUCCAUAUCAACUGGUCCAAAUCUGCAAGUGUUAUGAUGAAAACCUCUGGAACAGCAAGUAAAUGGACUUUGAGGUUUGAUUGUUUUGCUGGCUACAGAUCAUAUUUGUAUAAGGCGACAUCUCAUUAUAUUCUGGCAUGCAAGAUCCCUUUAAAUUACAACUUCCAUCAAAAAUAUGCAGUGCUGCUUUAAAGUCUGUGAACCCUCCCGACUGUGUCAUUGUAUUUGAACAAAAAAGUAAAAUAGCCUUAUUAAAUGCAAAUUCAAACACCCAUUUGUAAAGCAGAUUUUCCAAAUAAUGGACACAAACAAAGACAAAUGUAUUUGUUAUAAUUUAUUCAACAAAAGUGGUUUAUUUUACAAAAAUUGAAAAUGUGACAUACGAAAGUAUGUAAAGCAUUUUCGUUAGUAGCUUGUGGGACCUCCCGUUACUUCAAACAAAUGCCUUCUGGGGGGAGAUUCCUCCUUGCAGAACUCAGCCAGUUGAGAGCGGUUGGAGGAACAUCUGCCUCGUAGCGCCUGCUUCAGGUCUCGGUGCUCCGUGGUGAUGAAAUGCACUUAUUGUACGUCGCCUUGGAUAAAAGCUAAAUGACAUGUAAUGUAAUGUCAUGUAAUAAUGAUGAAGUGAUGAUGGGCGUCCGCUUCUAGGCAGAGUUGAGGUCACGUUGAACGCCCUCCAUUUGUGAAGGAUUCGUCUCACAGUGGACGGAUGCAGCUGGAACCUUUUGGAGAUGGUGUUAUAGCCUCCACAGACUGAUGGGCUGUCAGUUCCUUCUUCCUGAGGUCCUCAGGUAUCUCCUCUCCUCUCGGCAUUGUUGAUCUGUGUCUGUACGCCUCGGCACUUUAGUUUGGUUGGUUUCCUCUCACUUUUAAUCUGCAUCGCCCAACCCUUUUCCUAUGGAUGUCUCAAUUGAUUAGUCUGCUUAGCACUCAAAUGUGUUUUAUUUGGAUGUUUUACAUACUGGACUUUACCAAUGCAGCUGGGGGUUCACUUACUUUUGCACAUCCACUAAUCCUGCGUUUCAUGUGGUUUUUGGCUACUAUAAAAGUGCAAUGGAUAAACAUAAACCUGACAUUUAAUUUAUGUAAAACUGGACCGGAUCAAAUUGGAAACCCAUGGUAAAACAAUAAAAAACUUUACUUUUAAGCAGCACUGUAGAGAAAACAUUUAAACAUACAUCACUGUGAAUUUAUCAGAAACAGGUUCAAAUGCAUGUAAACUGUUUGAAUUGGUGACUCACCACUGGCAAUGUAACUGUGAGGCAGCGUUAUACUUGAGUUGAGGGUUGCAGUUUUUCAUUUAAUCGAGUCAAAAUAGAGAACACCAACCAUGUGAAUGUUGUGACCAUUCUUAACUUGCUGUAAGACUUAGGUAACUAAAAAACCUGCUUCUGUGUACAAUUGUGCGUUCAGGUAUGUAAAUUGAAAACUUUUUGAUCACAAGAUUUGUAUGUAUUAACCCUAUAUAACAGAAUUUUGAUUGUGUCAAAAUUCCAAAUGUAAAAAUUGUAUUUUCCAUUUGAGAUGCUCAUGUGAUGCACUGUUUGUGCACGACUCUUUGUUUCUGGCAGCGUAACAUGAAUGUCUGUAUUGUGAUUGGCACUAAGUGGCUAAUACAUCAGUGCAUAUUUUCUGUUAAUUAUUUUCUGGUGAUUGAACGGCUCUUUCUUCCUCCUCCUGUUAAUUCACGCUAAUGGAUCCACUGGCUGCAUUAGUUCAUUGAGAUGGAGAUAUUCACUCGGCCAGCACAAACACGUAGAGAAGAGGCAUGUGUUCUGAACUAAGUUAUCGAUUUGUUUAUUUGAGUGCAUUUAGUUAUUUGUAGAUGUGCCACACGUUGCAGACUCACUGCUGCAAGUGGAUACUAAUUUGGUUCAAUAAAAGGGAAAAUUUACACUGGGCCAGUUUUAGCAUUAACAUCUUAGUUUUCACAACUGAAACAAUGAUAAUGAGUAGUGAUUCAUUAAUAAGCACUUACGUGCCUUAAUCUGCUACUAAACCUGUUGAAGUUGGGUCCAAGAGGAGAACAUUACAAAACGCCUGGGACAUCCUGAGCUGUGGGUACCGCGCAUGCGCAGUGCGACUGGAGACACAACGUUGAGGGAGAUGAAGACGUUCUCUCGGGUUGCGCUAUUUGGGCUUGUGCCCCAAUGAAAGGACACGAGACAUUUAAGUCUUCCUAGUUGUCUUCCGAAGUGUAUUCUCAUGGCUUGUUGCUAGGGACGCCUGGCUCGUCACUAACAGGAAGGAGGAGUAACUACUUCCGGGUGAAGAGAGCCAAGCGGUAUCCACGUGAGCUCUCAAAGGUACAAAACGGAAACCGAUGAGGACGUGAUCUUUGUCUCCGAAAAGUGUUCCAUUGAAUCCAAAAAGAUCGCCGUUGACAAGGCGAAGCGACUCGAUCUGCAAAGAGAUAUUGAUCAACAGUCGCAGCCCAGAGAGCUAGCCAAACCCGUG